AACUGUUGACAUAUCUGAGUCGUUCCAUGACAACCAUCACAAAUCAUCUUCCUCCAUUCCUUUGAACAAGAUGUCUGGAUUCUUCCAGCUUGCUUCUGCAGUCUUUACGAGAAUUAUAUUUUUUGUUCAUGGAUUCAUAUCAGUUUAUUUUGUCGUUCAAAGUGAGAAAAACGCCAAGUAUUGGUGGCUUUGUACUGGAUUAGUGUUCUUGGUUCUCGAGUCAUUCUACACGAUCAUCAUACGAAAAGGCCAAGAAUACAAGUAUUUUUGGCCUGGUAGUUUUCUGUACAUGUGCACUGUCUUGCCAGCCAUCUGGGUCGCUGAGCUGAGCAUCUUGGCUGAAAAAGAAAAGCAAGACCCCAAAGAGUGUAUAUUGGCUGAACAAAAGAAUAUACACUACUCAAGCAUCUACGGAGUGAUAAACAUCAGAACAGAUUCCAGUACACAAGCUCAAAAGUUCUCAAAACUCGGCCUUAUUCUCGUUAUUAUCAUUGGCCGUUGGCUAUUACCACGUGGUUCAUUAACACGUGAUCAGCUGUCUGCGCUCCUAUUGGUCUACGUUGCUAAUGCUGCUGAUAUAAUGGAGUUGUUUGAGCUUUUCGACGUCAAUCCAAGUCUAUGGUGCCGUGAUGGUGUAGCCAAGGCUGUGCUCGCCACUUAUACCUGGUGCUUUAUGCAAUUCACUCUUGUGUUUACUGCCACUACUAGAACAGUGCCCGACGAAGCAAAGAAAAAGAUGAGCGAAGCAAUGUUCAAGACUCAAGAAAAUACAGAAAUGAGACCCGGUACGAAGUACAAAGGUCGGGAGAAAAAGCUCCCUCGAUAUAUAAGAAAAAUGAUCAAACAAAAACAACUGGAACGGCUGACAAAAUUCGAAGAUGAGCUUAACCAAGUUUACGGUUCCCCAGUGGAAGCUCCGAAACCCAAGAAACAAAAACAAAAAGGUCGAAAAUACGGAAUUUACUCCAUGCACGAGACUGUCAACGAUGUAGUAACCGUACAACGAAAGAUCAAAAUCGAGGAAGAAAUUAUCGAAGAGGUCAUCAAGGAGAAAGAGAAGCUUCGUCUCCAUGGUGAUUUGUAUUCAAUAUUAACCUUAAUGUUGAUGCAAGACGGGCCGUUUCUCUGUGUUCGGCUCGUUAUGACACUUUCUUAUGAUGUCGAUGACGAAACGCAUUUAUUUUUCACGGGGAAAAAUGCGAUUGCAUUAUCGGUAUUGAUAUAUCGACUGAUAGUCUUACUUUACGAAGGCAAGGAUGAAAAUGUCGAUGAUGAGGACGUCGAGUUUACUCAACGACCCAAGCCGUUUGCUAUAAGUUUUGAUCGUGAAACCGCUAACAGCAGACAAAGUGGGCGCAGAAAAAUGGUUACGUCACCAGUAUAGCAUGCGCAUGUGUCUUAAAAAGGUGGCUUCCAUAGUUUCGUAUAGCAAUCCUCUAAGGUCUACGGGACGACUUAUCUCUUCCUUAGGCUUCGGCUGAGCUUCCUGAUCAGUCCGUAAAUCUCCGGAUAGCGGUAUCAGGGCCGAAAUCUCCAGCAUUACCGUAAAUGCUUCGAGCUGCCAUACGACGGUUCAGGAACUCUAUGUACCUAAUUUCAUCAACCAAGCAAAUAAUAUUGAUCUAAAACCAUAAAUUAGAAAUGUGGUUAAAAAAAUGCUUUGAGACACCUUAUAUUUAUUCGUACUAAAGAAAACAAAUUGAUUCAUGAUUAAAGAUUCGAUAGAAAUUACACAUUGUGAUCGAAGCUCAUAAAUGAAUACCACAAAAUCGUAACAAAAUAGAAAAUUUUCGCAUUUUCGUAGCAUUGUUUUUUGGUUUUUUUUUUUUAAUUUACGAAUUUUUUAUAUCAUACUUGAAACACGUCUGCAAUUUCGCGCCUUUUUAUAUAGAUAUAUAUAUAUAUUUUUUUUUUCUCUUCGAUUUCUUAUGGAGGCCAUGUUUGAUGGACAAUGGACCACUAAUUUUUUAUCCUGUUUUUACCAAAAAAUUUAGUUCUUCGCGAGGUUAAAGCGCCUCAACAUAAAAAAGCCGCUUUAAUGCAUUAUAUUUCCAUCCUCAAGUCUCGUUUGAAAUCAAAACAAAACUUCUGUUUUUCAGAAAAAUACAUUUGAGUAGGAGGGGAUUGUCAAAACAAAAUAGCGCUUUGGCUGUGACGUCAUGAAUAUCGAGAAAUGCUGUUGUAAUAAUAUGAUUAUUUUUUAAUUCAUAGAAAAAAGCAUGAGAUGUAACACUAUAACAUUCGGUAACCCAUAUUUCUCGCGGCGUCAAAUCUGCCAGUUAUCAUAAAAAUAUAAUUGAUGUAAAAUUAUUGAAUAUUCUCUAAUUUUUAAAAUAAAUAUUGUGAAUUAUUGUAAAUUA